GAAAUCACCCCAUUUCUACCUUUCUGGCUCCAUUUGAAAACAAAGUCAUGAAUCCAGCUCUGCUGAUUUGCUUAUUUAUUAGUGGACGAUGACGACAAGGGUGCGAGCUUGCGAUACUUGCAGAAAAGAUCGAGUCAAAUGUGAUAAGGCUAAGCCUAAAUGUGGCCAUUGUCAAUCACGCAACUUGCAAUGCACAAGUGAUCCGUUUCAUAGAAGGCGCAAUUUAUCUGCUCCUGCUGACCAGGUCUGGUUGAAUAUUGCCACGGAUUUAAACUUCGUCGAAGAAACGCCAUCUCUUACUACCGGCUACGACUACGACUCUGAUUCGGAAAAUGAAGAGCUAUCUCCGCAACAUACUCCAAAGCAAACAUCCGAUCCCCAUUCUACAAAUCAGAUUGCUCACGAGGAAUCACUCGACUCUCCCUCUGAGGCAUCACAAAGUUUGAAGUCACAUCCACCUUCAACCCCGCGGACAAUACCUCCAUGGGAUCACUCGAGCCCGCCAGCCUUUGAACAUCAUCAAUACACAUCACUUCCAAAGCUACCCGGACUCCCUCAUCAUGAUUUCAUGCAACUGCCUUCACCUGUUUCGUCUACACCACGAACUGUUACCAACUAUGAAACACCAUCUCAUAUCUACCAUGAAGACCACAAUACUUUUCAAGAAAACCUCAGAUCGAUCUCUCUCCCGUCCAUCUACCUUGACAAACCAGUCUGGCCAUUAACAGACCCCCAAGAAGCCCGACUGCUUCGACACUUCGUGCAGAACUUGGCUAUUUGGCUCGAUCUCUGCGACCCUGCCCAGCACUUUCAGGUUGAGGUGCCUCGACGAGCAGGCACUUGCCCGAUUUUACUAAAUGCGAUAUUCGCACUUUCGGCUCGACAUCUUAAUCUUACUGGCUCCUACGAUUCGUUGGCGAGCAAUAGGUAUCAUCAGGAAUGCUUGAAAUACCUCAUUCCAAUGUUGAAUAAUACUGCUACUGUGUCUGAUGAAACACUCUUUGCUGCUACGAUCAUAUUAAGGGUGCUAGAGGAGAUUGAUUUGCUUGAAACAGACCUCCAGUCCCAUAUGCUAGGCAUCCAGAUCUUCGUCAAAUCACUGUUUCACCCCAUAAAUCUUCAUUCAUCUCCCAUUUCACGACACAAUUCAUUGGCGACCGCUUCUUUUUGGAUUGGUCUAAGACAAGAGAUCUACAUGGCAACAUUAUACCAUCGUUCCGUGCAAAUAAACCUCGAGCACUACGUCGUUGAUCGCACUACAUCAUCUACUACAGAUUUUGGGUGGGCCAACAGGGCCGUGGUACUUUGCGCCGAUGUUCUGAAUUGCUGCUUUGGUACGGAAGGAGUUAGUUUAAGUAAGUGGGAAGAAUUGAAAACGGCUUGUGAGAGGUGGGAGGAUGAGAAACCAAGCAGCUUUACGCCUAUAUUCCGAAGAGGUGUAAGGACAGAGAAGGGAACAGGUGGAGAGAAUAAUGACAGGGAGGCUUUUCCAGAGAUUUGGCAUAGCCACGCGUGUCACAUCAUCGGUGUCCAGCAUCUUAAACUAGCUCAGAUCCUACUUUGUAUCUUUGAUCCUAGAAUACCACGGGUUGGUGGGAGUAGAAGUGUUGCUGUACGAAAUAUGGAGGUACCCCACCAGUUCAUUACCCCACUACCCCGCUAUUUCUCGUUGCCCUUCUCUAUGAGCUUCACAGUAACACAGCAUUCGCGAUGUACUUCUAUAAUUGCUCACAAGAGAACCCAGGCGCAAAUAAAGCCCACAUUACGCGAACUAUGUGGCAUUGGAUUGUACAAUCGAUGGACUCCACCUGGCAUGUUUACGGCCUCGAUGGGGAUUGCGCUUUGUGGCGAUAGAUUCGAAGAUCGUUUCGACCAAGAAGCACUUCUUGAUAUUCUUGUCAGAACAGAACGAGAUCAUGCGCGUCCUACAGCUACGGUGCAGAAACAGCUCAAAGAGGCUUGGGGUUGGGUCGAGGAAUGAAGCUCUGAACACCGGGCAGCUAACUGUCUUUGAAAUGUCGAUAUUAUUUCUAUUUAGAAUAAUGUUGACUCAGGCCAAGAAGUGUGAAACUACAAUGCAAAGGCUCGAACAUAUUCAUUUUACUGUUUCC